CAGAACAAUUUGUUGGAGAAUCAACAGAAAGUAGCAGAACGACCACAGCUAAAGCCAAGAGCAACUGCAGAAUGAAGCUGACCGUCUUCUCCUUACUCUUCGCCAUCGCCUUCUUGUCUGACAGCAGCAUAAAAUCAGAGGCACUUCCACUGGAUAACAUCGAAGACAUAGACCUCAUCCAGGACUCUACUGGAGAAGGACUGGCUGAAAACACAGUGGGCUCCGGACCAGGCAUUUCUAAGAUCAUCAGGGUGGCAGACAUCGACCUGCUGAGAAUGCUGAAAGCUCUGGAAAGGAACAUGCCUGAGAGGAUCCUGAGUCCUGAUCGCAGAGAUGGAAGCCCAGACCUCGGCCCCAGCAUCUCCAUCAUCAGGAGGGACACCAAGAGGUGCAUGGUGGGAAGGGUGUACCGACCAUGCUGGGAAGUCUAGUUCCUGUGGAGGAGUCCAGUGAUGACGGCGAGGAAAUCCAGAUCGCACCUUCUGAUCCUGUGCAGUACAUACUAUUUAUCUGUAUCAUAAGAUCCGCAAUUAAAUUAGAAAAAUACUA